AUGAUUUAUAUUCUAAACAAUAGCAUUACUUUGCUAUUGCUACAAAUCAUAUUUCUUGUACAAUCAACAGCAUUCUAUCCAAAUGAUUAUGAACCGCGUGUAUUCGAUCAUAUUCCUCUUAAUUGCUACGAUUGUUUAUCCUAUCGCGAUAUAAUAUUGGCACAGUUAACUGAUGUUCCAGCACGAUCAUUUGCUAAUUUUAACUUGGGUUCACGUGACACCUAUAUGAUAUUGAACGGGCAAUUAAGUUUACACUUGCACCCAUACGCAUUUCAAUCCUUAGUUGUACACAAACCUAAUAAAACGUUAACAAUCACAUUGACAGCACCGAAUUCUUGGUUAAAUAUAACCGAAAAUACAUUUAAUGGCCUUGAACUUCAUCCUCAUUCAACUUUACGUAUCAUAAUAAACAAAUUUUAUGGUUGUACAUUUCAUAGAAAUUCUUUGUCCGGUAUUAAUAUGCAUAAACAUUCACAAUUAAUUAUUGAUAUAUCAUCUGUGACAGAAAUAUUUUUCGAACAACAUAUUAUCAAAGACAAUGAUUUCAAUGCAUCGGUUAAAUUUCUUAUAACACGUUCAGAUACGAUUAUAUUCGAUUCAUAUUCAUUUUCUCAAUUAAAUAUAAAUCCACAUCAAAUAAUAUUAUUUCAUUUUGAAUUAAUUUCACAUGUUUAUUUUAAAUCUUAUUCAUUCAAAUCAUUAGAAUUACAAAGAUCAAGUUCGUUUAGAUUUUAUUCAAUAUUCUUAAAUCGUCUAACGAUGGACUCGUAUGCAUUUGAAAAUCUAAUAUUAAAUUCUCAUUCGAUAUUUAACUUUACGAUUCAUACAUUAGGAACAUGCUUAUGUUUCAACUCGUAUGCAUUUCAUAAUUUACAUACGAAACCUAGAAGUGAGAAUGCUCUUAUAUUAUUUAAAUUUUAUACUCUUCGAGGGUUAUCAUUUUUUUCUCACACAUUUUCUAAUUUAUCAUUAAAUAAUAACGAAAAUCAAUUACGAAUUCAUUCAAGUAAUCCAUUAAAUGAUCCAAAUCCGAUUAUUAAUUUCGCUGUCGAUGCGUUUUCAGCAGCAACAACAACAACAACAACAAAUAAUGGUUCAAUUAUUUUGAAUUUUUCAGAAACAAUUGUGAUUCGUUUUGAAAAAGAUUCGUUGAAAACAAAUAAUUUCGUACAUGAAAUUUUUUUAAGUGAUAUUUCAUUUGUUGAUUUAUCAGCAUUGAACAAUAAAUUAAUCGAAAAGAAAUUUCAUUUACAUUUCGAUGAUAUUCAAUAUGUUAAAUGGUAUAAAUAUUCCGUUGAAGAAAAAAAUUCUAACCACCAUCAUGAUCAUUCAUUAAUUCAAUAUCAUUUUUCUUAUAUUUCAAAUUCUUCUUGUCUCAUUUACUCUGCUUCGCGUUCUGUCCCAUGGAUAUUUCCUACAUUGAACUCAACAAUCUGUAAUUGUCCAUUACUUUAUGCUUAUAAACAUGAUCAACUCGAUCGAGAAUCGAUCCUCUGUCUGAAUUCAACGUCGCCACUCAAAACAAUACAACAAAUGAACGAAUGUGAUUUUGAUCGCAUAGAAAAUAAUUGUCAUUUAACAAUUCAAUCAUUAACAAAUCUAAACAAUACAAUUGAAACUUCAUCGAAAUCAUUUCAUUCGUUUGAAUUAGAUAAUUUAUUAAUACAACAAUUAUACGAUAGAAAUUACCUGUCGUGUUCAUUUAAUUAUUCUCUACUAUCGUCAACAUCAAUAGUACGUUCACGUUUAUUUAAUCAUUUUGGUUUUGUUAUUGGUAUUAUUUUAAGUAUAUUUAUUGUCUUACUUGUCAUUGUUAUUGCUCUAUUAAAUGGUUUACAAUAUAAAAUGCGAGAAUAUGAUGAGACAUGGACAUGGAAACGAAAUAUUUCAUGGUCGACCUUACGACGAACAAUUUCACAAACAUCUUUAAGACGUUCACGAAGAGAUUUAUCUACGUUAAAUAGUCAUGCUAUAGUCGUAUCCAAAUCGGAUAAUCAACUUGAUCGUAUUAGACACGAACGACAAUGUGGAGAUAAUAAAGAAUUUGAUUAUAGUAUAAAACAAUCUCAAUCCAUACAAGAAAACUUUAAACAAUUUAAUAAUAUUUAUUUGUGA